AUGACCAGCCCUGAACCAGCUGCUGUGCUGAGUAGUACUGUGGGCUGUUUGGCCUCAGCCUCAGACCAACCAUUGAAGAGCAUCAGAUAUAUGGACAAGGAAAUAAUUAACCUCAAAAAAGACCUUAUACGAAGCCGGUUACUGGUGCAGUACGCAAAGGCUGGGCGAGGAUACUUUAACUUUCUUAAAGAAGAGUCCGCGACAAAAAGGAAGCAACAGCAACUGCAGAAACUGAAAGAGGAAGAAAGAAAUAAAUUCCAACCAGCCAAAAAGUUACCUGAAAUCCAUGAGGAUGCGUUGCUGACCACCUAUGAUGAGGAGAAGCCGAAGAAGGUGGAGGCCGGCCCGUUCAUUCCGAUCUACAACUGCAUCCUUCUGCCCUUGCUGCCCAAGGCUCACAUCGAACCUCUCUUCCGCCAACUGUGCGCUCUCCACUGGCUUCUGGAAGCCCUGACCAUUGACCACACCCACCACAUCAUGAAGCCUGUGAUCACCUGCUUCAAUACCAAGGACCCAGGUGGAAGCAAGAGCUCAAUAAAAAAAGUCAAUAAGGACAAGUCCAGGGAACAGAGGUGGGAGCACUUCAUCACUGCUUCAAAGACCACGAAAUUCAAACUUCCUGUCAUACGAAACACCACCCACAAGCCAAGCCGGCGUGGCUCUGUACUCAGCCUGUCUCGGGCCAGCGGGGGCUCCUCCCCGCAGAGCAGCAUGAUCUCUGUGAAUCCUGGCUCAGAUGAGCCCCAGAGCUUGAUCACCCAGGGGACUGGCAGCAAAGACAUUGAGGAUAACGAGUCUUCUUCAACCAAGCCAGAUGAGGAACCUCUUCACAUCUAUCUGCAGAAGCUCCUGGAAAUGGUUCGAGAAGAUGCCCAUAGGACAGUCAUAAUGGAAAGUGAGAUGCAAAGAAAACCUCCCAGCCUCCUAUCCGUGGUCCACAAGAGUGAAUCCAUCAUUAAGGAGGGGCAGGCUACCCACAAGUCAAGUGAGAAAUCCAGCACUACAAGUGGAGAAAGCCACACCCAGACAGUCCAAAAGAAGACAAAAAGCUAUGCUCACCGUGACAUCGCUCAGUACAAGAGUGGACUCUGUAGCCUCAUGAGGGCCAAGUUUUACAGCAUAGCCCAGGAGGCUGGCUUCUGCCUGCAGGAUAAAAUGGAAAUCCUGAUGAAGCGCCAAGAAGAAAGAAGUCUCCAGAAGUUCCACGCUUUUACCCUCGUCUCAAAUUUUAAAAAGGAUAUAGCAAAGAUGAGACAACACGUCGCUGCAGUUAGAGGAGAUGCAGACGAAAUUGCUGAUCACUGGUACUUUGAUUUGUUGUCCAAACUCCCUGAGGAUCUGAAGAACUAUCGCCCUGCCAAAAAGAUCCUGAUCAAACUCCAGAAGUUUGGGGAGAACCUCGACCUGAGAGUCCGGCCCCAUGUUCUCUUGAAGGUGCUGCAGGACCUGAGGGUCUGGGAGUUGUGCUCCCCAGAUGUUGCUGUGGCUAUCGAGUUUGUUCGAGAACACAUCAUUCAUAUGCCUCGUGAGGAUUACGUCACCUGGCUGCAAAGCCGGGUCAGUAUGACCAUCCAAUCCCACAGUAACCCGAUAUAG